ACAUGUCAGUGUACCAUGUCAAACCUGCGCACCAACUCCUACUCUAUAAAGGAAAAACUCGUGGUCGUCUUCCUCCUCGAGCCAUUCCACAAAAUUCGGCAAAAUCCAGUGCUCCAGUCAGUGGCAGUGGCAGUGGCCAUGGACUCCGCCAUCUCCACCUCCUCGUCCUUCUCGCCUCUCAGGUUGUCUCAGAAUCAUGGGAGCAUCAUGAGCGGUAGCACCAGGGCUCAGGUGCUCCCGGUGGGCAGGCAGCAGCAGCAGCCACCCGCCGGCGGCGCCACCCGCCUCCGCGCCGUCUCGCCGUCGCCGUCGCCGACACCGCCCGCGCCGCAGCCGGCGGAGACGUUCGGGUUCGAUGCCCUCAAGGAGGCCUUCUCCGUCGACGUGGUGGCGGCCGAGGCGCGGCCGCUCAACGUGCCCCUGGCCGCGCCCUUCACCAUCGCGUCGUCGCGGCUGGACGCCGUGUCCAACGUUGCCGUCCGGGUGGAGCUCCGGAGCGGCGCGGUCGGGUGGGGGGAGGCGCCCGUGCUCCCCUCCGUCACCGCCGAGGACCAGCCCGGCGCGCUCGCCGCGGCCACCCGGGCGUGCGGCGCUCUGGCCGGCGCGCCCGCCGCGCCCCUCGGCGCCGUGCUCCAGGACGUCGCCAGUGCCCUCCCGGGACACGACUUCGCCUCGGCUAGAGCAGGAGUGGAGAUGGCUUUGAUUGAUGCAAUUGCUAACAGUAUCCGCAUCCCUUUGUGGAGAUUAUUUGGAGGGGCGUCAGACAGUGUCACAACAGAUAUCACGAUUCCAAUCGUGACACCAAAUGAAGCUGCUCAGUUAGCCGCAAAAUAUCGAGGACAGGGAUUUCAGACUCUGAAGCUCAAAGUCGGGAAGAACUUAAACUCAGAUAUAGAAGUUUUGAAGGCUAUACGGCUUGCCCAUCCAGAUUGUUCAUUUAUCUUGGAUGCAAAUGAAGGAUACACAGCUAAUCAAGCAAUUGAAGCUCUUGAUAGACUAAACGAAAUGGGAGUGACUCCAGUAUUGUUUGAGCAACCAGUUCAUCGAGAUGACUGGGAAGGUCUCCGCGAUGUUAGCAUUGUUGCCAAGGAGAAAUACAGAGUUGCUGUUGCAGCUGAUGAAAGUUGUCGUAGUUUGCUUGAUGCUCAGAAAAUAAUGGAUGGAAAUCUUGCUCAUGUUAUUAACAUCAAGCUAGCAAAGCUAGGGAUUCUUGGAGCCCUUGAAGUAAUUGAUGCUGCAAGAAAAGCCCGCAUUGCGCUGAUGAUAGGCGGUAUGGUUGAGACUAGGAUCGCUAUGGGCUUUGCUGGUCAUCUUGCAGCUGGUCUUGGUUGUUUCAGUUUUGUUGACCUGGACACACCUCUUUUACUGUCUGAAGAUCCAGUGUUCGGUGGCUAUGAAGUUUCUGGACCUGUAUACAAGUUUACAAAUGCUCGAGGCCAUGGUGGUUUCCUUCACUUAGACAACAACGGCUUGAAAUAAGGAAUGCCCUAGCCCUUUGGGAGCUUCACAGACAACGGUGACACGUUCAAUGAACAAUUAAUUGUUCAUUAUUUACCUUCAACAAUAAUCAAUUGGAGUUGAAACCAAAGGAGCAGUUGUAAACUUGUAAUCCUAUAUGACCUUGAAGAGGCUAAUUAUUGUUGCCAGUCCAGUUAGGCCUGAAAUAUUUGAUCAGUCUGUAGAUGGAUAAAAUAAUGAGGCAUUUUCAGCUGGCCUUGUUGUUCUGUUCGAUAAAUAAAUUACUAAAUAUGGUAUAAAAGACCUUAUGUAUGCAGCCUCAAAUAUGCUCAAGUACAAUGUAUUAUGCUUACUUUUGGUGUUA